GACGAGGACCGAGGACGGACCGAAGACCAAAGCAUCGCCAUUUUCCCGAAUUGACAGACGGUCGGUCGUCGUGUUGUCCGCGCGAGUUUGGUCGGCCCUGGAUCCGCUCUCGGUUCGGCCGUCGAACAGAGCACUCGCUGCAAUUCGACUCGAGGCGUGUGUGAUCGGGAGCGGCGCGGUUCGGCCAUGCGCUAGUUCGGUCCGCGAGUGUUAAUUGCGUUUCGACCUGAACGAUAGAAAGCCAAGGAGUGCCUAUCAGCGGGAGAGCGACUCGAUUCGGGCCGAAAAAUGAGUCCCAGGAGCAUAGCCACUGACAAGAUCAACUUGCGGUUAAUAUUGGUCAGUGGCAAGACGAAAGAGUUUCUCUUCAGUCCGAGCGAGUCGGCCGGCGACAUCGCGCAGCAUGUAUUCGACAACUGGCCUGAAGGUUGGGCCGAGGAAGCGGUGGCCAAGGCGGAGAUCCUGCGCCUCAUCUACCAGGGCCGCUUCCUGCACAGCAACGUCACCCUCGGCGCGCUGGGUCUGCCCCUGGGCAAGACGACGGUCAUGCACCUCGUGCCCAGAGAGAACCUUCCUGAGCCAAACUCCCAAGAUCAACGACAGAAGAGCAAGGGCGGGAGUAGCAGUUGCUGUUCAGCAUCGUGCUGCAUCCUGUAAGGGCCAAUCCGGCUGCCAAGUCCACGGUGCUAAAGACUGAACUUGUGACAGGAAAGAGAUUCUCAUGGGAACAGUUCGUUGACGUGUACAUAUUAAUGAAUUUACGCAAAGACCAAUGAUGAGGUGUAUCUUAUACGUGCGACCGAGUGCCAGUGGACACUUAAUCUCAAUCAGCGGGCGCUUUUCUUCUUUGUAAAAAAUUAACCCUCUUUGUCAAGAGCGUGUGCCUCUGUGAGUUGAAGAAGAAUUAGUAAUACAGAUUUCCAUUGCAUUCCACGAAGACAAGAGGCUGCUGACGACCAAGAAGGAAGAACCCACAACAUCACAAUUUCUGAUCAUGUGACGGAAAGACUAAACGAGAAGGAAAAAGUAAAACAAAACUCGCUGAUUUCGCGUAUAUUGUUGUGAUAUUUGAAUGGAUAGUGUUGUUAUAUAUUAAAAAGAACAUAAUUAAGACAGAUCAGAGAAUGAACUACUAAGCAAAUAUUCUCUAUGGAUUAUAUUUAAAAAGAGAAAUAGCUAAAAAUCAUGUAAACCCGAGAGGACAUUGUACACAAGAAAAAAAGGAAAAUUUAUCUCCAUAAUCAAUCCAGCGGUGUGCUUGCAAGCUAUUUGUCAAACUCGUGAUCAAUUUAUUACUAUAUUUGAACGUGUGUCAACUGAUAAUUUUGUUUCCAUCGGUGUGGAGUAUGAUUAUCAAACUGGCCACUUCGAUUUUAAAAUUCUCUCAUUGUUCUCUGCACCGUAAAAUUAGAAUUUCAAAUUUCCCAGGACAAAUUAAUAUGGACCGACUAAAUUCUCAUUCUGCCAUCGUAUUGACCAAUUAAGUCUUGCUUUUUCCACGCUGGAUGGUGUCUGAACUGCAAACGCCGUGGUUUGUUAUGAAAAAAAAAACUUUUGACUGAAUUAGUAGUAUUUUACCGUGCAACAAGUCAAGUGUUCAUUUCCACCCUGUAUUUUAUUCAACAGUAUAAGAGCAAUGAGUUUUUAAAAUUCCCAUCACGCUUGAUUCAUCACAGACACACAACUACAUAAAAUUAUUCCUUUCUGCUAUACAACAAAUUACUACUGAAUAAAUAUAUUUUAAAUUUAAUGAAUCCUACCUACGCCAAUGCCAGCUUUGUGAACAAGAAACUAAUUUGUGCAAAACUACUGUUUGUUGCUGUGUCAAAAAUCUUCGACGAAAAUGCCCCUAUCAAUUUAUUAUUCACGAUUGGAUGAGAUGAUAUUAUUGUAAAGUGUAUUGAUAAUAAUUGCAUCAAUUUAACAAUUGCGCGGGGGUCGUUUUUGAGUGAAGAUGAAUGAACAAGAAGAUCCCCUUCAUGUUUGUAAAUUUUGGUUCUUAAUAAAAAAAAAGUAUUUAAAUGCGAAAAA